UUUCGAAGUUCGGAGUGAUUGUGUCAUGCCUUCUCUCUCCAACGCUUCUCCUCACUGGAGCAGGGGCUGCUGCUGUGUUGUUGGAGGGCUGUUGGGGCCUGGAAUCAUGAGGCUCGGAGGUGCGAGUUGCCCUGGUGGGCUGCUGCUGACCCUGGGCUGGCUGCUGCUGACCGGCCUUAGGUCCUCCAGUGGCACGAACGUCACCGCCCUUCAGGACAUGGGUUUCACCCGCGAGGCUGAGGGCGUGGGCGAGGGCGAGGGCGAGGGCGAGGGCGAGAACGACGAGGACUACUACAACGAAGUGGUGGAGACCGAAGGCCCGACAGAGGCCGGAGAUGAUGUUUUGAAUAGGACAGUAGUCAAAGAAGUAGAAUUUGGAAUGUGUACAGUCACAUGUGGUGUUGGUUUUAGAGAAGUUAUAUUAACAAAUGGGUGUCCUGGAGGUGAAUCCAAGUGCAUUGUUCGGGUAGAAGAAUGCCGUGGACCAGUAGAUUGUGGCUGGGGUCAACCAAUUUCAGAAAGUCUUCAAAGUGUUAGACUGGCUUGCAUUCAUACAUCUCCUGUAAAUCGGUUCAAAUAUAUAUGGAAACGUCUAAGGCCAGACCAACAACCUAUCAUACUUCCAAAUGAUUCGGCAAUCCUGGAAGUACGAAGAGAUGUUCACCCCCGGGCUUUUGAGUGUGACACUCUGGAUAGCAAUGAAGUGGUAGCAUCUGUUAGAUUCACAGUCUAUACAGUAAAUGAAAUGCAGAUGAGAUCAAGCCAACCAGACAUUGAUAUAGCCCUAGUAUUUGUGCUGACCAUAGAAGUCAUUGCCUGUAUAUUCAUAAUCUUCAUAUUGAUCUUCAUAAUUAUAAAGUGGGUGGUAUUGAAAGCAUCCUGGGGAGGAAAGGGCUCCAGAGCUGAGAUUCUUUCUGACGUGAGUUCUAUGAAAUACAAAGAUUCAACUUCUCUUGACCAGGCACCAGCAGAAAUACCCAGACUGGAAGACAAUACAUUAAGUGAGUGGAAUGAAGAAAAUAUGGAUGGUGUAAGCUGAACCAAAAGAUUUUAGAGCUAUCAGAUUCAUUAUUAUAAAAAUAAAAUAUUUACCAAAAUGCUUCAAUAAUGCUUCAAUAAUGUUGCAAUAAAUUUGCCACAGUCUGGAGA